UACACUGACAACAAUAUUCCUUAACCGUAAAUAGUGUAGCAGUAGCCAGUAGUCUUAAUAUCUGGAUUUUCAAUUUAUAAUAUAAAUCGCUCCAAAACCGUGUUGAUAGAAAAACAUUUCUGAAGGUUAAAAUCUUCUAAAAAAGUGACGAAUUAAUAAAAGAGAAUGGGUGAAAGAUACAAUAUACACAGCCAGCUAGAACAUUUACAGAGCAAGUACAUAGGAACCGGGCAUGCUGAUACCACGAAGUACGAGUGGCUUACGAACCAGCAUCGAGACUCAUGUUGCAGCUACAUGGGGCAUCCGGAUAUACUGAGUUACUUUGCUAUAGUUGAAAACGAGUCCAAAGCGAGGGUGAAGUUCAAUUUGAUGGAGAGAAUGCUCCAACCUUGCGGUCCACCGCCGGAGAAACCGGAAGAUUGAUCUUAGGUUAUAACAUAUAUUGAGUAAAACAAAUUUUUUAAAA